AAAAUUACUAGGUGCAAAUCUUUAGAUGUGGUAGAAGCUAAUAUGAUUACAAAUUUUGAAACUCUUCUAGGUAUCUUAUCUUUUUUUGUAAUUUUGAGAUUUCCUUUGAUAAUCCUUCCAUUUCCUGUAAUUUUCUUUUUAGCGUUCUUAUUAAUUUGAGUUUUGCAUUCUCAAUAUCAAUAUCCAAGUCUUCAUUGGCGGCACUAGCAUUGGUAGUAGUAUUGCUGUUGCUAUUGGUAUCGGUAGUAGUAUUGCUGUUGCUGUUGGUAGUAGCAUUGCUGUUGAUAUUGGCAUUGGUAGUACUGGUAUUGGGAUUAGCUAUGAAUGCUUCAUUUUGAUCGCAACGGCAACGGCAAAACACUGUUUUUUAGUGGACUUUCUAAAAUAAAAUUAAUUUUACUCCUAAAUUUUAAAAUCAACAUGGAUCACAAUACUACAAUGGCUGCACUUCAAUGGUUCAUCCAAAGAAAGAGACAAAACGAUGCUUUGUUUGAUUUAUUGUUGGAGCUUGAUGAAGAAGAGGAUACCAAUGUCUCCAAGAAGCGACAACGUAAAAGAAACAAGGAGAACUUUCGUCAUCUCGGAGAAGAGAAUCUUCAACGACAUUACUUUCGCGAAGAUCCCGUCGAAGAUGAAGCUACAUUUCGACGCAGAUUCAGAAUGAGUCGUAGAUUGUACGAAAGAGUCAAGGAGUGUGAUGUUUGGGUUGUGAAUGAAGAUAUAAUAGAAGAUAGAAAGAAAACAAAGAAAUACAGUGAGACUGUUCAGUACUUCUUUAUUUCAAAAACAAUUUAAUUGUUGUCUAAAAUAUAUCUUUUUCAGGUUGUCUUUUAUACUACCUGAUUUAUUGACUAAUUGUGACUAUUGUAUAUUAAUUACUUAAUACUUUGACAGCGCGUACCUGGGAAUUGGUUAUGCAAAUUCUCCUUUAAUCCUCCUGGUUAUCUAAAAGGUACAAUUAUGGUUUCCUUUUUGUAAAUAUCCAUAUUAUCCCAGUUAUCGUUAUUUACUGUCAUUAUACAGUGCUUGCUUUAUAUUUAUAAUGUAUAGUGCUAUAAGUGAUUAUUCAUUUAUAUGAUGAAAGACUAUUUAUUAUAUUUUGUAUUGAAAGUGCUCAGAUCACCACAAGGAGGCAGUUAUGCAACACGACUCUUUUUUUGUGCAAUCUCGCGAUAGGGCUCAAAAACUUGGUUAUUCAACUAACCAAA